UUAGGCUGGGAGGCCCCGGUCCAGGCUGCUGGAAUUAGGGGGCUGCGAUAGGGCUCCCGGGGCCUGGGCGCGGAGAUAGCCCGUGUGGCGCUGGCCUGCGGGGGACCGAUAAAGGCAGCCCGAGGGAGCCUUGUCCCCGGCCCCAAGCAGAAGCCAGCGGGCUCCGCUUCCCCGCUGGGAGCCCUUCCGGCUCCCUCCGGGGGUCUCCAGCCCUAGGGAGGGGUCCUUGGUUCUUUCUGCGUGACUCCUCCUCCUCUCCUGCAGCCCCGAGGAGGAGGCCCAUCCGACUCCUGACGAGUUGCCAUGGCAUCCUACUACGAUAUCCUAGACGUGCCGCGAAGUGCGUCCGCUGAUGACAUCAAGAAGGCGUAUCGGAGGAAGGCUCUACAGUGGCACCCAGACAAGAACCCGGAUAAUAAAGAAUUUGCUGAGAGGAAGUUCAAGGAGGUGGCUGAGGCAUAUGAAGUGCUGUCAGACAAGCAUAAGCGGGAGAUCUACGACCGUUAUGGCCGGGAAGGGCUGACUGGGGCAGGAACUGGCCCAUCUCGAGCAGAACCUGGUGGUGGUGGUGGGCCCGGCUUCACCUUCACCUUCCGCAGCCCUGAGGAGGUCUUCCGGGAGUUCUUUGGGAGUGGAGACCCUUUUGCGGAACUCUUCGAUGACCUGGGCCCCUUCUCAGAGCUCCAGAGCCGGGGUUCCCGACCCUCGGGCCCCUUCUUCACCUUCUCUUCCUCCUUUCCUGGGCAUUCGGAUUUCUCCUCCUCAUCUUUCUCCUUCAGUCCUGGGGCUGGUGCUUUUCGCUCUGUUUCUACGUCUACCACUUUUGUCCAAGGGCGCCGCAUCACGACACGCAGAAUCAUGGAGAACGGGCAGGAACGGGUGGAAGUGGAAGAAGACGGGCAGCUGAAGUCAGUCACGAUCAAUGGUGUCCCAGAUGACCUGGCACUGGGCUUGGAGCUGAGCCGUCGUGAGCAGCAACAGUCCGUCACCGCCAGGUCCGGGGGCACACAGGUCCGGCAGGCCCCUGUCUCCCGCCCCUCUGACAGCGACCUCUCCGAGGAUGAUGAAGAUCUGCAGCUUGCCAUGGCCUACAGCCUGUCAGAGAUGGAGGCAGCUGGGAAGAAACCGGCAGGUGGGCGGGGGGCGCAGCGGCGCCGGCAGGGGCGGCCCAAGGCCCAGGACCAAGAUCCCGGCAUGGGGGGGGCCCCCGAGGCUGCAAGGGGGGACACGGCCAAACCCAGCCCAUCCCCGGAGGAGAAGGCCUCGCGCUGCCUCAUCCUCUGAAAAACAGGCCCAAACCGUCCUGAUUCAGGGCCACCAGGGGUCCUGCUCACCGUCGGGAGCAGAGGGGCACGGCAUGGCCUGGGUUGCCAGGAGCCCUUCUCCAGCCCGUGCUCCCCCCGCCGGUCUCCCUCCCAUGUCCGCCCACACUCCAGUGUGGACUCGGCAUUUGCUCCGCUCAGCCUCCAGCUGAUAGGUCCCUGGCGAAGCCCAGGGUGGGGGGCCUCUGGGCAGCGGGAGGGCCUCCCAGGAGCCAGGAUGCGCUUAUUCCUACUAGAUGGGGAGUUUCUAAAGGGCAUUAGUGGUUUGGGUCGGGCCCUUUGUGCCCAGGUCUUCUGCCACCUGUGUUGCCGAUGAUGUCAAGGAAGGAGGACUUGGCCUGGGGUUCUCUAAGCCGGAGUCGGCAGCUACGCCAGGGAGUCUCCCGGGCUCCCUGCCCAGCUGCAGACACCCCACCCUGGUUUCUGUGCAGCGUUGAGCUCUGACGUCUCUGUUGCUUCCCUUCUGGUGCUGCUGCUCCUCCCUCGCUCUCUUCUCUCUGCACUUCCCCACGGGCCGCAUCGCUUGCUUUCAUGCCAUCUGGCUAGGACUCCCAUCUUCCUUCCCCAAGAAAGCCUCAGUGUGACCGGGAAGAUGCUGUGGCCCGUAGGGCCAUAAGGUCUUCUGGGGAGGCUAGCUGGGUGGGGCGGGAGCCUCUCGUCCAGAUUCGGAACCGGAGCCCACUCCUCCUCCCUUCCUCUUGCUGCCUCAGCCUGCCCCAGGCCUCGGGACUAGGCAGAGGUGAGGCCGGCUAUCCCUGGAGAGGUGGGAUGAGGCCAGGGUGCCCCAGGAGGGAGGCCUAGGAGGGGACUGCACCCCGUCCUACUUCACCAUGCAUCAGGGCUCAGGGAGAAGCCACAGGGCUAGCCCAGGUCUGCAUGCUUGGCUCCAUCCUCCACAGCUUGCGGCUCACCAUCUCUCCUGUCACCCCACCCCCGCUCUCUCCUCAGAUGUGUUCUGAGCUGGAUGGCCAGGAUCCAGAGCUGCUGCACAGUUCCAACGGGACAGCGCCCUUCCCCGUGCACUAGAAGGGGACCCUCCAUUCCUCUUCUCUCGCCCAUGCUGAACAUAGAGCUGGGCCUGGGUGGUGGGCAGGGGCCGGGUGGGAGGCUUCCGUAGUCUUAGCCUGUGAACUCUUCCCUGGGGGUUUGGUGCUGUCUCCUGGGGACUACAAGUCCCAGAAUGCAAUGCACCCUGCCUCAUUUCUGAUUGAUCAUCUUGGGGGAAGUGGUGCGUGGUUGUGGAGCUGUGCAUCUUGGGACAUGUAGUUCUAGCCCGGGUGGGCUUGUCACUUGCUGUGAGAUGGGGAGAUCUUGUCAUCUGAUUUGACCCUGGUGGGGGUGGCAAGAAUGUGGAUGAAGGGGUAAUGGACCAAGCUUCGGUUCCCCUGACACCUCUUGCUAGUGCUGGGCUUCAAGCGUACAGAUCAAAGCCCUGUGGCAUCUGAAGAGGCUCUUUUCCUGUGGGCAGUCCUGGGAUCUGAGGAACAAGCGGGAUCUACAAGCGGGGCGUGACCCCAGAAGGCUGAUUGAUGGGUGUGGGCAGGCAGAGAGCUUGGAAGGGAAGGAGGCCAGUGUGAGAGAGUGUGUGUGUACCAGUGUGUGUGUGUGUGUGUGUGUGUGUGUGUGUAUGCACGCACACGCAUGGCCAGGAUUGGUGUGUAAUGGGUACUCCGGGCAUGUUGCUGCUUGUAUGGCUUCUUUGGCCUCUGACCCCGCUGCCCAUUCAUUUUCUCCAGCACAAAUGAGCUGCCUCUCCUCCUCCCUGCCUGGGGAGCCCAGGGGCCGGGGGGGGAGUGGUGGAGCCAGAGUGUUGCUAGCCCUGUGACACUGCAUCUCAGAGACCUAUCAAAGCCAGCUGGGCUGAGCUCAGACCGAAAGAGAAACACUGGAAGUCAAUAAAGCUGUUUCGAGAGCUC